AUGCCUGCUUCCAAAACAGACACCGCGAUGCGGUUCCCCGCUAGCGACACCCAAAAACGUCGCGCCUGGACUACCCAGGACAAGAAGGCCACAUCCAAAGAGCAGAGUGAGCUCAGCACUGGCAAGAGCAAGGCGGAAGACAGCUCGACUUGGUCUCCCGAACAGUUGUUAGCCUCCCACAUGGAUGUGUCUGGCAACCCUGUGCCUGACCCAGUUUCAUUUGGGGAUGGAGCCAAGGCGAAGAAGGCGCAGAGGCAGGGCAGCAUGACGGACGAGCCCGAUUUGUUCGAGGCCAUGAAUGCGGAGACGGCGGACUUUGAUUAG